GUGGAACAUAGAAAAAGACAAAUCUAUCCUUCCCCUUUUGCAGCUGCUGCUGCUGCUGCUGCUGGUCGAUGAUCUCUUCUUCCUCUGUUCCUCCUCCCUCCACCAGCAACGACCAGAUCUGCUCUCGGAUCGCUUCGACCCUCCCCUCCCCAUGACCCAGAGGGUCGGGGAGGAAGUGGAUGGCAGGAGGAGACGGCGAGCGGCGCCCCUGCGGCGGCACAGUGCCGCUGGAGCUGCUGAUCGGCGAGCAGGCGAGGACGGAGAAGAGGGAGCGGCCGCGCGUCCGCGUACGGCUGUUCCGCCCAGUCCAAGAAAGGGGAGGACUACUUCAUCGUCAGAACCGAUUGCCUUGGCGUCCCCGGCGACCCGUCGUCCUCCUCCGUUUUUGCGAUGAAACAUCUGGAACCACUGUUACAUUUGUGAUAGUUGAUGGAUGGGCAUCACUGUUGCUUCAGUUGGAGACUCCCGGUGCAUUUUAGAUGCAUGGGAAAGGUUGGCUUCUGCAUCGACUGUUUGAUCAUAGGCUAGAAGAGAAUGUUGAAGAGAGGGAACCUGUUACCACCAGUGCCGGUGAACUAGGAAGGCUCAACAUUGUAGGUAGUGCUGAGAUAGGUCCCCUUCCCUGUUGGCCAGGGGAUUUAUGCCUGUCCAGAUCACCAGGGGAUGUGGAUGCUGGGGAAUUUAUUAUUUCAGUACCUCAUGUUAAGCAAGUUGAGUUAUCAGAUUCUGGAGGAAAACUUAUAAUUGCUUCAGAUGGCAUCUGGGAUGCUUGGACUUCUGAAAUGGCUGCAAACUGUUUUUGCCGAGGUCUGGCUUCAGAGCUUGCUGCCAGGCAAAGUAGUUAAGGCGAUUACUACCUGAAUUUGUCAUUUCUGAGAUCUGUUGAACCAGCAUGGUUUCUUGCUCCAAGCGAAAGCGUAUCUGGUCAUGCUGGCUCCAUCUUCUCCACCGGUUCAAAGCCAUGGCAAGGUGCUGUAGCUCCCUCCUCCCUCUUUCCUCACAAACAUCCUCAUCGUUUUCUUAUUUUCCUACUUGUUUGCUGCCAUAUAUUUCUUUUGAUGGGCUGCAUGAUCAUUUCAUUAUAUUUGUAUUUGCACUAGGAACAUGUUUAAUGAUAUGAUCGAUUGUUUUGUUUUCGUUGUUGGCCUAAAUGUCUUUUAUUUUGCCCACCUGUUUUCGUUGUUGGCUUUGAACCGAGUGAAUGCCAGUUGCAAGCUUCUGUACAUUAACAUAUUGUGACUGCUUCUACUUCUUCUUUAACAUGAUUAUUUUGUUAUUCCA